UUUUUUUUUUCUUAUUCAAAUUAUUAUUCUACCUUGUUAAAUAUUAAAGAAUGAAGCCAAGCAGUUUAAUACCUAAACAAUUUGAUAAUUUGGUAUAUCUUGACGAUUAUAUUGAUACCAUAGAAGCUGUUCCUCUUGAUUUACAAAGAAACUUUACCCUUAUGAGGGAAUUAGACGGUUACGCACAAGAGUUAAUGGAUACCGUUUCAAGAAAUGCAAUUGAGCUUAUUGAUAACAUAAAAGACAUGGAUCCAAAUUCACGACUUGAUAAAUUAAAACACCUUACCACUAUAUUAACAGAGACAUUAAAAAGAGGAGAAGAAAAAGUAGCUCUCGCCAAGUCAACAUUUGAUGCAGUUGACCGUCAUUGUAAUCGGUUGGAUGCAGAUUUAGUUAAAUUUGAAGAAGAUCAAAUAAUUGGAAAAAAUCGAAUUACAACAUUACCAGGAUUACAACCUUCUGCUAGAAGUCUUAAGGAAGGAACUGAUAUUCGAGAAAGACUUACAAAACGCUUAGAAAGAGAAAGAAAAGAAAUGAAAGGAGAUAAGAAGAUGAUUAAAAAACGAAAGACAGCAGUGAAAGAUCCAAAUAAUAUAAAUGCUAUAAAAAAUAUAGAAAAAGAAAAAGCAAAGCAUGUCUAUAACAAACAUGGAAACGGGAAACCAAAGACAGUUGUUCCUGCUGAUAUGCCAAUUGAUCCAAAUGAACCACUAUAUUGUUAUUGUCAGCAAGUUUCUUAUGGUGAAAUGGUCGCUUGUGAUAACACAGAUUGUGAAAUUGAAUGGUUUCAUUUAGCUUGUGUUGAUCUUAAAACAGUACCAAAAGGUAAAUGGUAUUGUAACAAUUGUAUUUUAAAAAUGAAGGGAAGACAACGUAAAUAAGUAUUGGCUAUUUUUUAUUUUAUUUUAUUUUAUUUUAUUUUGUUUAUUUUAUUUUAUUUUUUUUGUACAUUUAUUUUUAUGCAUAAACCUUAAGGACAC